AUGGAGCGCAUCAGGGGACUGUUGGGGAAGCAUCAAAAGCCGGAUCGCCAGGAAUACGAGCCCCUGGCCGAAGAAGGCCGUGAGCUCGAUGGCUCCGCGCCGCUGGAGAGCCAGGAGGAGGUGCCCUUCUCCUGGUCCGAGUACAUCAUGUUCGCCUGGUUGGGCAUGGCGAUGCUGUGGGCAUGGAACAUGUUCCUCGCCGCCGCGCCCUACUUCCACGUCCGCUUCCAGUCCGACCUUUGGAUCUCGCAAAAUUUCCAGUCCGCCAUCCUCACCGUCUCGACCCUGACCAACCUCACGGCCAUGCUAAUCCUCACAAACAUCCAAUACACGGCCUCGUACCCGUUUCGAAUCAACCUUGCCCUCCUCUUCAACUGCGUCAUCUUCUCCCUCCUAACGGCAUCCACCUCAUUCGUUCUCGACGCCUCCCCGGCCGCCUACCUCGCCUUCAUCCUCCUCAUGGUCGCCUCGAGCUCCUGGGCCACUGGUCUCAUCCAGAACGGCGCCUUCGCCUUCGCCGCCUCUUUCGGCCGCCCGGAGUACAUGCAGGCCCUCAUGGCCGGCCAGGGUGUCGCGGGAGUGCUGCCCCCGAUCGCGCAGGUCAUCACCGUCCUCGCCGUCCCCGAGAAGGCCGCCGGCGCGGAGGACGACGUCCGGUCCCUGAGCUCCUCGGCAUUCGUUUACUUCCUCGCCGCCGUCGCCGUGUCCAUCUCGGCCCUCGUGGCCUUCAUCCCGCUCGUCCGCCGCCACAACCACAUCGUCGAGACCCGCAUGGUCGAUCGCAUGGCUGAGUCCCUGACCUCGGUUGAGGAGGCCGAGCGCGCCGCCCGCAAGGUCGUCUCCCCGCUCCGCCUCCUCAAGAAGCUGCACUGGCUCGCCGGCGCCAUCUUCAUGUGUUUCGCCGUCGCCAUGUUCUUCCCCGUCUUCACUACCAAGAUCCUCUCGGUGCGGUACCCGGGCGACGAGAAGUCCCCCUCGGGCUCGCUCUUCCGCCCCGCGGCCUUCAUCCCGCUCGCCUUCUUCGCCUGGAACCUGGGCGAUCUCUCGGGCCGUAUGGCCACGAUUCUGCCCUUCUCUCUGCGCCACCGGCCCGCGGCGCUCUUCGCCGUGAGUCUCGCGCGCAUGGGCUUCCUGCCGCUAUACCUGCUCUGCAACAUUGGCGGUCGCGGCGCCGCGGUCAAUAGCGACUUCUUCUACCUCGUCGUCGUGCAGUUCCUCUUCGGUCUGACCAACGGGUGGCUGGGCUCGAGCUGCAUGAUGGCGGCCGGCGAGUGGGUCGACGAGGGCGAGCGCGAGGCGACGGGCGGCUUCAUGGGCCUGUGUCUCGUGGCUGGACUGACGACGGGCAGUCUUUUGAGCUUCACGGUUGGGGGUAUUUAA